ACUCGAUCGUUAAACGUCACAACAUGGCGAUGACAUUUAAACUUGAUUCUAAACUUGAUAGUUAAGAUUUGAUAAACCUCAUUUAAUAACCGUGAGUGACGAACAUUUUAAUUUGUUUACUUCGCUAAGUAAUCAUUCGAAAGUGGUUCAGCGAAAUGAAGCAAGAUAAAAACGAAUCUCUAGUAAACGCAUUAAUUAACGACAGGAAAGUCGAAUAUCUGGCGAAAUGUGAAAUCUGUUUAUUAACAAGUAUUUUAAUCGUCAGCUUCCUUGGAAAUAGUUUAAUAUUGAUAUCAUUGUACGCUAAAAAGCAUCAGAUUCGGAGAAAUUUCACAAGAAUGUAUCUAUUCGUUGUACACUUGACCGUCGCUGAUCUGUUCAACGUUUUCUUCAAUAUUUUGCCAGAGCUUGCGUGGAGCAUCACUUUCCGAUUUCAGAACGGAGCGACACUUUGUAAAACGAUCAAAUUCUUACAACCGCUGGGUUCUUAUUUAUACACGUACGUGUUGAUCACGAUGGCGAUCGACAGAUAUUGUGCGAUUUCUGAUUCACUCAACUAUUGCACAGUUACCUCCAAAAGAUCAACGAUCAUGGUGUACUGUUCGUGGUUCAUCGCAAUUCUCUUGUGUUUGCCACAGAUUUUUACAUAUUCGUAUCAAGAAAUACUGCCGAACGUUUGGGAUUGUUGGACAAUAUUCGAAUCAUCUUAUGAGAAAAUUUACAUUACUUGGUACAGUAUUACUGUGUUCCUAUUACCCUCCGUUGUUCUCUUGUACACGUAUAUCGGAAUAUGUAUAAACACGUGGAAAACUAACGCCAUCGCAGAAUUCGCUAAUAUUAAAAAAUACAAGACUACCAAUUUCCUGCAACAAAAUUACAAUUUCUUUGCAACGAAGAUUUUAAUUAAGACCGCGAAGCAGACGAUAAUAUUAAUCACUGUGUAUCUCAUUACUAAAACGCCGUUCGUUGGAUAUCUGUUAUGGAGAACGUGGAAACAAAAAGCAUCUUCAUCGAAUUCAUUUCCAGAUCCAAUUUUAACGUUUCUCAAACUCCUGAAUAAUGCCACGGGUUGCAUUAAUCCUUGGAUUUAUUUGUUGUACAAUCAGGAAUUACGCUCUCUAUUGACAGCGUAUUUUUCUCGAAAAGAAGUGUACAUCUUAGCUUACGAUAAAGAAGUUCAACAGAAAAUCUCAAAGGCACCCCCGUAGAAUUUUUUACACAACUUACACUGCAUGAAAAAUUGACCUGAUUUAAAUAAAAGUAAUAUGAAACGUAUUAUUAUUGUAUAUGUCCUAAAUAAAUCGAAACGUUCAACUCUGCAAAGGUUGUUCAGUUGAUUAUUCUAAAUGUCCCAUCUCUCUGUAACGCCAUGAGUUUUACUGCAUCCACAGAAACUAUUCUUCAGAAUUCGUUAUACUUGUUCGUUUUGUUAUACUUAUACCCCGGCUCAUUAAUAUUUCCAUCGCGCGGGCGUCUAUUAUGUUUCGAUGUUUGCAUUCCCACUUUUAUUCCGAUCAUCCCAGGGGCUCUCAUUCAUAAAGGGACUAAUACUAACUAACUGUGUAAUAUAAUUAACUUUCCAUAACAAAAUUAUGUAACGGUU